AUGUAUUCUAUUAAAAAGCGGAGGGGAAGGCCACCUACCACGACCGUGAGCAAGUUCCGCUCAGCAUUUGCGGUUUGUCCGAUAUUACCGACAUAUAUUCAAGACUUCUCGGAAUCGUUUGUUCCACAGAAACUUUUUCCUGACGUUUGGACGGCGCGAUCUACAAAACGAAAGAAAGUUGCGACUAAUGGAUCAACAGAUUCCCCUCGUUUAAGAGUAACCAUACGUGAUAAAAACGAAAACAAACUUAAUAUUCAUGUGAAACCACCGCGGAGAAGAAAACCUAUUCCAUUAGAUCAAAAAGAGGAAUGGAAUCUUUUAAUCAAAUUAGAGAAUGCAUCAAAGUCUUUAUCACCAAAAGCCAUUAGAUUAAAAAGAAAAUUGCAUUUAAGAAGACUUAAACGUGGAUUGGGAACAAAAGUCUUUGAUAUUGAUAUAGCAGUUUCUGAACAUAUGAGAUCUUCGGUACCAUUAGAAAUUAUGUCAAAAUUUCAUGAAGAACCUUUGGAAACGAAAAAACAGGUUAAAAAUACUGAAGAUAAUAAAGAAAAAGAAAAAGAUUGUGAUAUUACAGAACAAAUUAACAAACAGGUCACAUGUACUCCAUAUAAGAAUUCAUUUGCAUCAAGAUUAUAUGGCAAUCCCCGUUUGGCCAAUACCUUAACUGCUGAGGAGGCUUGGACUAGCCCUUUACAAAGGAAAUUGAGACCUUAUAUUCGAAGAGAUUACGAAACUAUGCCACCGAAAUUACGUUUAUUACAAGAUAUAGUUAAAUAUGCUCAUAGAAAUGAUCACGAUUGGUUACCACCACCCUCUAGUCCCAUUGAUUAUUGUUAUCUUCAAAAAGAACAUUUGAAUCAAGUUAACGAUUUACUUCAAAGAUGCUUCUGGCCAAGCAUUGAUAUUUCCGAGAACCUCCUUUUUCCGGAUUUUAGUGUUGUUGCAAUGUAUAAGCGAUUGAUAAUUGGAUGUGGAUUUAUGACACCGGAAGCUUAUAUUACUUAUGUUGCUGUUGCACCUGGAUGGCAGAAAUCAGGGAUAGGACAAUUUAUGUUAUAUCACUUAAUUCAGACAAACAUGGGAAAAGAUGUCAUGCUUCAUGUUUCUGCAAAUAAUCCAGCUAUGAUUCUUUACCAAAAGUUUGGUUUUAAACCGGAAGAAUUUAUUGUAAACUUUUAUGAUAAAUACUUACCUGACGGAAGUUUAGAAUGCAAAAAUGCAUUCUUUGUAAGAUUAAGAAGAUAG